CUUUGUAUGGAAAGAGUUCAGGCUAGUAAGGCAGAUAUUUUCCUCUCAUUGUCCUGCCCUGGAAAAUUUGAGGCUUUUUUUUUUUUGUAAAAAAUAAAAAGGCUGUACUGGAGCUGUUUAUUGAAGUUUUGUGAAAUCGUUUUAGAGCCCAAUGGAGCUGUGAGUCUGAGUGGUUUGGGGGGAGUCUAUGGAUAUCCUCUGGGGAAAGAAAGCCAAGCACCUCGCCCUGCAUGUAAUAUCAGGACAGACCGCCUGCGAUGGUAGAAGAUGGUAAGGGGAUGGUGGUCACAGGGUUCUCUUGAGUAGGUGGAGAUAAUGUAGGAGGGUGGGUAGAUGUUUGCUAAAUCUGUAUGGCUGUAUUUUACUGGGUUCUCUGGUCAGACGGUGGGCAGAGAUUUUGUCGGCUUCUCCUUCAGGAUUUGUGAUUUUUCACUGUAACUUAUUGUCAGUUCUUCAAAAAUACAGACUAAGAGACUUGAUCCAGAAUUCGAAGUCAGCCAGGAAGUCAUGCCAGGGAGCCCAGAGAACAUCCCCCUGGGGGAGUGCACGCUGUCCCAGUCCAGGGACCAGCUCACGCCCCCGAGCCGCACGGAGAGCACCGUGUUCAGCCUGUCCCGCACUGAGUCUGUUUGGACUACGGAGAAUUCCCCCAAGAGGUCUGAGGUCUUUUGGUUCCCCAUCCACCUCAUGUCUACCGGGGGCAGCUUCCUGGCAUGUGGCAUCAUCAUCAGCGGCCUUUACUUCGCUGGCCACUGCCGGAAAGUCACCAACAUCCUGGGACCAGCCCUGCUGUCCAUUGGAUUGAUGGUUUUUGUGGUGGGCGUGGUCCUGAUUCCUAUUACCAAAGAGAACAGGAAGCGGUCGAAAAUGAAGAAGCCCCUGAGUUAUUACAGGCCUCCGGUGUUUAACCUGUGAUGGCUCGGGCGGUGAUGUUUUUCAGCACAACUUUAUGUUUGGACGUAAUUUCAGGAGAAACUUGAAGAGCACUCUGAACUGAAGUUAAUAUUUUCAGCUCUGUGGAAAAUGAUUAUUAGAAGACUGUUUGACAACAAUUAUGUUUAUCUCUCUGGAUUGAUGACGCUAUCGCAGUCUCAAGUGUGCAUGAUGUCAUUUCAUUAAUAACCGCAGCUGUCGAAAACAGGAUGAGAGCGCAUGGAUGGGAAUGUGCUGCAGAAAAUGCAAUUAUUUACACCUGCACAAACAAUUUAGCAAGAAGAUACAAGGCAGUAAAGUGUCCUUAUGAAUAUUUGCAAAGAAUAAAAUAAAAAAUUAUGCAAAGACUGACCGUGUCAGUCAAAGUCACGACAUCUUCUAAUUGUCACUUUGUGUUUUACUGUGUCCAGCUGCAUGUGGCUGUGAGUGUUUGUUGAAAAGAAGCACAAGGAGGAUGCUUUGAAUCUAAAUGUAUUCAUCCUUGAAUUAUGUAAAGAGUGACGAUUUGACUAGUGUGACCUGAAAGCACAUUUACAUAAGAUUUCAAUAUUAGGUAGCAGCCAAUUUAAAGUAACCCCUUCACAGCCAGAUUCCACUGUAAUGUGCAUUAAAUAUUAAUUCCUUCCAUCCACUGAAAA